AUGGACAUCCUCGAGCUGGUGCACGACGACCACCGCUCCGAGAGCCGCCCCUUUGUGUGCGACUACCACGGCUGCUCCAAGGCCUUCAGCAGGCGAUCGGACCUGGCGAGACACGCUCGCAUCCACAGCCAGGAGCGGCCGUUCGCGUGCCGGUUCGAGGGAUGCUACAAGACCUUUAUCCAGCGCUCUGCGCUCACGGUCCACACCCGGAUCCACACGGGCGAGAGGCCGCACGUCUGCGACACGUGUAGCAAGACCUUCUCCGACUCGAGCUCCCUCGCGCGCCACCGCCGCAUCCACAGCGGGAGGAGGCCAUACAAGUGCCCCGUCGAGGACUGCGGCAAAUCCUUUUGCCGCAAGACGACCCUCACCAAGCACACCCGGCGCAUCCACGGCUCGACGAUUGGCAACAUCUUCAACGGCAACGUGGGCUUCGUGUCCCUGAGCGGGGCCAGCGGUGGCGGACAUGCCGUCGACCAACCCCAGAACCACUUUGGCCACUUUCCUCACCACCACCCGCAGCUACAACACCAGCAACAGCACCAGCACCAGCACGCGCACCAGCACCAGCACCAGCACGCGCACCUCGUCCAGCAGCAGCAGCAGCAGCAGCAGCAGCACCACCACCACCACCACUUCGCCCCGCUCCACGUGGCGGACAUGUCUCAGUUCCGUCGGGCGUCAUACCCGAGCGAGAACCACCUGCUUCCCGCAGGCUACCUCAAGCAAGAGCCGCCCUCGCCGUCCGACGGUGCGUUCGAUGGCAUCUCGCACGACGCGCACCUGCUGAGGGCCUCGAUGGCUCUGCGCGGCUCCCACCUCGCCUCGUCCAAUGCCCCGCUCCUCGGAGGCGCGUCGGGCUCGACCUCCUCGGCCUCUUCCUCGUCCUCGUCGGUCGCGGCGUCGUUGGACGGCGCGCCGUUGGUGCAGCACUCGGCGUUCGGGCUGGCCGCUGCCGAUGGCAGCACGAGCAGCCUGAAGCUCGACGGUUCGGCCGAAUACCACUACAGCCAGCAGCACCAGCAGCAGCACCAGCAACACCACCAGCCCUCGCAGCUCCACCAGCGACUGCCCUCGGGCUUCGGCCACUCGUCGGUGGCCAUGUCCUACAGCCUCACCGACAGCCGGCUGCCCCACGAGGCGCCGUGGGACCACAGGGUUGCGGCGUCGCAGCCGGCGUCGUCGGCGCACACGCCGCUCUCGAUGGGCCCGGCCUUCGACUCGAGCAGCUUCGAGGGCAUCCAUCCUCAGCUGAUGCAGGAUCCCAUGCUGGCCGGCCAGGCGAACGGCCUCGAUUCGGCGGUACCGCGCAUGGCCGGCGCGCCGGGCUGCGAAGAUGCCAGCGGUCUGCCGACGCCGCCCUCGACGAGUGGCGGCGGCGACGGCGCCAGCAGCGGCUUCGGCAUGGCGCAGGAGAUGCUGCCCUACGUCCACCACCGCGACGCGGUCGAUCCGGACCAGCCCUUCCGGACCAGCUUUGGCGGCCACGGACUAGUCAGCAAUGGCUCAUGGGGCGGCCACAGCCCCAUCCCCGGUGCCAUGUCGCUCAACGGCUCGCUCCGCUGCGUGCCCGCCGAGCGUUAG